AUGACAAAGAAGACUUCAGGAGCAAGUCACGGGGUGUUAUGGGCAAGAGCAUUUGGACUGGAAGGCGACAGUUUGUACGCACAACGAGAGCGUUAUGAGCGUUUAAAGCAGCAUAUGGUAUUUCAAAUAGAUGCGACUGGAAUCAUUGACCCACUGACUGCUAGUACUACGACUAGUAGUAGUAUUGUGAACUCAUCAAGCAGUUGGAGCCAAUACUUUACAGAUGAAACGCUGCUGGAGGAGAUAAAGAAGGAUUUAGAACGAUUGUAUCCAACUGGCAACGAAAGCCUUUUUCAGAAUGAAGUGUACAUGACUACGUUACGUCACGUUCUUUUUGUAUGGUGUCGAUUGCAUCCAGACGUAGCAUAUCGCCAAGGCAUGCAUGAUGUAGUGGCUGUGGUGCUUUAUGCUUUGAUAGAGAAUCAAGAGACGGAUAUGUUAGAGGUCAAGCAACUGCCAGCAAGUACUGAAGCUGACACUUUUCUACUGUUUGAAGCCGUGAUGCUGUUCUUAAAGCCAUUCUACGAGAUUGUCGAGGCAAGACGCGAAGCGACGUUUGGUUCAUUUGGAACGAUAGGUGGGAAGCAAAAGCCGUCGGCACUGCAGAGAUUGUGUCAUCAUAUUCAGUACGAUUUACUGCAACAGAAGGAUCCGCAGCUCUACUACCACUUGAAAAACAUGGAGAUUGUUCCUGAAACAUAUUGUUUGAGAUGGAUCCGAUUGCUUUUUGCGCGCGAAUAUGCCUUGCAAGAACUAAUGUGUGUUUGGGAUGCUUUGAUACUUGAUACCAGACGUGCAGCGGUUGACUUUCCAGUUAUCAAUAUGACCGAAAAGUCGGACAAUGACUUGCUGAAGCUACCCAAACUGAUUAUGGAAAGCGAGGAAACGACUUGGACUGGAUUUCCAUUGUUGCGUUAUGUUUGCGUAGCAAAGCUGUUACAAAUGUCGACACAGCUACGCGAUUCGGAUAACACUGACUGUUUGCGACUGCUCAUGCGUGCGUGCCAACAGGAAGAUUUAGAUUGUACUGACACGGAGCGACAGAAGUGUGCAAUGAAACUCAUACAGUUCGCGAGGAUAUUGCAAGACCCAACAGCCGAGGGGACCGAACGAAGCGAAAGCAACAUUAAGUCAGAUGACGAAUUAAGAGUAUUGGAUCCCGAUGGAGGCUCCAAGUUAGUGGAAGUGGUCCUGUUCCAAUCAGGUUCGCUCGGCAUCGUUUUAACAAAAGCAGAAGCCCCAUACAAUGAUCGCCUGGCAGUUAAAGCUUUUACAAAAGAUCCGACCACAACCGAUGGGAUGGGACAAGCAGAGGCUAGUGGAAGAGUGCAUCUUGGUGACCUCCUCCAGUCGAUCAACGGCGUGCCAAUAAUUGGGUUGACGACAGAGGAAGCAAAGCGUCGUAUCCAACUCGUCAAACGUCCGAUCUAUAUUGCGUUUUCCCGCUGUAGAAAUGCCUUUGGCGACGAUGACAUUACUCCUUUAGAAACUUCUGGAGUCACUAAAGAUUCCAAUGCAGCGGGCUCUCCGCCAUAUCCGGAGACCACGCUGACUGAGCUGGUGCAACCAACAUUUUUGCCUGGCGAAUUAUGUUAUGCUAGCGUCGAGAGUAGCAUGCAGCGACUUACUCUAUCACACGACGGAUCAUGUCUAUCUCACUAUAUUAGCGGGAAAUUGUUCAUCACAAACUACCGCUGCCUCUUCACGCGUCUGCUUGGUGGUGGAAAAAUCGAAUGGCAGAUUCCUGUGCUCUCCAUCCUCUCGAUAGACCGCAUCAACCCUCGCGCAGUUUCGUCCGGGGCAGUUUCCGCAAGCCUAUCAGUGGAAAAUGCACAAGUUGCUCUAGGUUUUGCCCCAGAUGACUUAUACAAGAUUGUCAUUCGGUGUAAGGAUACCCAAGUGGCACGACUAUCGAUUGCAGACCAGAACGAAUACGAGAAGCUUGUCGAGUGUUUGAGUUUUUUGGCUUUCCCAAAAAGCUUACUGGAUGCUUUUUGCUUCUCCUAUUCUCCGACUGUGGCGCCAUCCGAAGAAGUCCGAUUCGACAUCCGCGAGGAGUAUAAACGUAUUGGCUUGCUCGCUUUUCCAGAUCACCUGCGCUGCAUUGACCAGUCUUUAACGUAUACGCUCUGUGAUACGUACCCGCGGUAUCUUAUCGUGCCUAGUGGCAUUUCGGACAUUCGUCUGAAGGCGGCAGCUGCUUUCCGAUCGCAUCAACGUUUGCCUGUCGUAUGCUGGAUCCAUCGCGGCAACAGUGCUACAAUUGUUCGAUCAAGCCAGCCACUUGUGGGGUUCAAGUCUUCGCGCAAUGAAGAAGAUGAGUUGCUUGUUCAUUUGCUGUGCUGCUCGGGCAACAAGAAAGCGCCUGGACGUUACGUAAUCAUGGAUGCGCGUAGUCAACUGGCUGCUGUGGGUAAUAAGGCACUUGGAAAAGGCACGGAGAUCUCUAGCAACUACCACGGCGCAAAGAUCAUUUUUAUGAAUGUUGAAAACAUUCACUCCGUCCGUCAAUCGCAGCUUGCAUUAGCUGCGACAUUUGCGCCUAAAAGAGGUGCGACAGAGGAUACAUCCAGCAGUAUUUACGGUCGGAUCGACCGUUCAGGUUGGCUACGCCACGUCCGCCUCGUGUUAAAAGCAUCAGUUGAUCUGGCACAUACUGUGCACAACGGUACAUCUGUACUUACACACUGCAGCGAUGGGUGGGACCGCACGGCACAAAUGGUAGCAUUAGCUGAGUUGAUGCUUGACGCGUACUACCGCACCCUUCGUGGUUUUCAGGUACUUGUGGAGAAGGAGUGGUGCGCCUUUGGGCAUCAGUUUGCCUUGAGAAGUGGUCACGCUCGCAGUGACGUAUCGAACGAUCAGCGUUCACCUGUAUUUUUGCUCUGGUUAGACUGUGUCUGGCAAUUCAUUCGCCAGUAUCCAACCGAGUGCGAAUUUAAUGAGAGCCUUCUGCUUACACUGGCCGAUCAUGUCUACUCGUGCAAAUUUAGCACAUUCAUGUUCGACUGUGAGCGUCAACGGAAUGACAUUUUUGCCAAACAUCGGGUAUUUGCUAUCUGGAGUGAGAUCAACAGCCAGAGCGAUCGUUUCACGAACGAUAUGUACGCGCCCAACGAACAAACAACUGUGCUGUCACCCAGCACACUGUCCAAGAACAUCAAGCUAUGGAAGGGCUACUUUUGCCGCUGGGAUCCGACUGUCAUUCCUCGUGUCCCUGCUUUUCAAUGUUAUUGA